UCUCUGUCUCGAAGAACAAAGCUUGGUCGGCUGGCCAUUUCUUCUCUCCCAUCUUCUUAUCAGUUGGCAACCAAUGGCUGCUUUAGUGUUCCUCCUGAUGACUGUGGCCAUGUUUGGUGCUUCAGAUGCUGCUUGGUGUGUUUGUCGAUCUGAUUUGAGCACCACUGCUCUGCAAAAGACACUGGACUAUGCUUGUGGAGCUGGGGCUGAUUGCACUCCAAUCCUACAAAAUGGGGCUUGCUACAACCCUAACACAGUGCUUGCCCAUUGUUCCUAUGCUGCCAAUAGCUAUUACCAGAAGAAGGGUCAGACACAGGAUGCCUGUGACUUUGCUGGCUCUGCUAUGCUUAGCUCAACUGACCCAGGAGGAAAUGGGUGCACAUACCCUGCCACUACAAGUGCUGCAGGCUCUUCAACCACUCCAACAAGCACAAGCACCACUCCAAGCUCCACAACUCCCAGCACCUUCACUCCAACCACAGGCACUACAGGCACUGGAGGAGUGCUGGGUGGCCUAGGCCCCACAGGAACAACUAGCAUUGAUGGGAGUGAUGGUGGCCUGAUUCCAAACAAAGGGAUGCCUUCUCUCCUCCUAACCUUUUUGCUCUCUCCCUUGGUUUUAUUGAGGCUUUGAUAUGAAGAUAUUGGGAAAGUUGGAAUGCAAAUUGACGGGUGGAUCAGGUUGUGCAACAAGCAUGUGAUAUUACUACUGAUGAAUGGUUGGUGGAUGCAUCUAGAGACAUUAGCACACUAGUUUUGUUGUCUAGUGGCAACAUAGGAGGUUUUUUAUUCCUUUUGGGUGGAUGGUGCUAUGGGUUGGUAGGAUGGAUGUGUUACUCUCUUGUUCUUCAUGGACCAGUCUCUCUCUCUCUCUCUCAAAUCUAGGGAGGCAGCAAUUUAUUGAUUAAAUGAGGUUUUGGGUGCCCUCCCUAGUUAGGUUAAUGUGCAACUAGCUUUGAUGCCAAUGAAUAGUAUGAUCUGUUACAAUUUCUCUUUCUAUGA